GUAUUACAAUUUAAGGAAACCUUCUUGCCAGCAAAUCUAUGAUAAAAAAUAAACAUAACAGAGGAAACUGUUACUAUUAUUUGUCAAGUGACAAGCUUUUCAUGUCAGAAUGGCUCACCUAAAACGAUUAGUGAAACUACAUCUUAAAAGACAUUAUCAUAAAAAAUUCUGGAAACUUGGUGCAGUAGUUUUUUUCUUUAUAAUAUUUUUGAUUUUAAUGCAAAGAGAAGUAAGUGUUGAGUAUUCCAAAGAGGAAUCAAGGAUGGAAAGAAACAUGAAAAACAAAAACAAGAUGUUUGAUUUAAUGAUAGAAGCUGUAAACAAUAUUAAAGAUGCCAUGCCAAAAAUGCAAAUAGGAGCCCCUGUCAGGCAAAACAUUGACGCUGGUGAGAGACCCUGUUUGCAAGGAUAUUAUACAGCAGCCGAAUUGAAACCUGUUCUUGACCGCCCACCUCAGGAUUCUAACGCACCUGGUGCUUCUGGUAAAGCGUUCAAAACAACCAAUUUAAGUGCUGAAGAGCAGAAGGAAAAAGAACGCGGAGAAGCAAAACACUGUUUUAAUGCUUUUGCAAGUGACAGGAUUUCUUUACACCGAGAUCUUGGACCAGACACUCGACCUCCUGAAUGUAUUGAACAAAAAUUUAAGCGCUGUCCUCCCCUGCCUACCACCAGUGUCAUAAUAGUUUUUCAUAAUGAAGCGUGGUCCACGCUGCUUAGAACUGUCCACAGUGUGCUAUAUUCUUCACCUGCCAUACUGCUGAAGGAGAUCAUUUUGGUGGAUGAUGCUAGUGUAGAUGAGUACUUGCAUGAUAAACUAGAGGAAUAUAUAAAACAAUUUUCUAUUGUAAAAAUAGUCAGACAAAAAGAGAGAAAAGGUCUGAUCACUGCAAGGUUGCUAGGAGCAACAGUAGCAACAGCCGAAACGCUCACAUUUUUAGAUGCUCACUGUGAGUGUUUCUAUGGUUGGUUAGAACCUUUGUUGGCCAGAAUAGCUGAGAACUAUACUGCUGUCGUGAGCCCAGAUAUUGCAUCCAUAGAUCUGAACACAUUUGAAUUCAACAAACCUUCUCCUUAUGGAAGUAACCAUAACCGUGGGAAUUUUGACUGGAGCCUUUCAUUUGGCUGGGAAACACUUCCCGAUCAUGAGAAACAAAGAAGGAAGGAUGAGACAUAUCCAAUCAAAACACCCACUUUUGCAGGAGGCCUUUUUUCCAUAUCAAAAGACUAUUUUGAAUAUAUUGGAACUUAUGAUGAAGAAAUGGAAAUUUGGGGAGGUGAAAAUAUAGAAAUGUCUUUCAGAGUAUGGCAAUGUGGUGGGCAGUUGGAGAUUAUGCCUUGCUCUGUUGUUGGACAUGUUUUUCGCAGCAAAAGCCCUCAUACCUUCCCAAAAGGCACUCAGGUGAUUGCUCGCAACCAAGUUCGCCUUGCAGAAGUCUGGAUGGAUGAAUACAAGGAAAUAUUUUAUAGGAGAAACACAGAUGCAGCAAAAAUUGUUAAACAAAAAUCAUUUGGUGAUCUUUCAAAAAGAUUUGAAAUAAAGCACCGCCUUCAGUGUAAAAAUUUUACGUGGUAUCUGAAUAAUAUUUAUCCAGAAGUGUAUGUGCCAGACCUUAAUCCUGUUAUAUCUGGAUAUAUUAAAAGUGUUGGUCAGCCUCUAUGUCUGGAUGUUGGAGAGAACAACCAAGGAGGCAAACCACUGAUUCUGUACACGUGUCAUGGACUUGGGGGAAAUCAGUACUUUGAAUAUUCUGCCCAACAUGAAAUUCGGCAUAACAUCCAAAAGGAAUUGUGUCUUCAUGCUGCACAAGGUGUUGUUCAGCUAAAGGCAUGUGCCUACAAAGGUCACAAAACAGUUGCCACUGGAGAACAGAUAUGGGAGAUCCAGAAGGACCAACUUUUGUAUAAUCCAUUCUUUAAAAUGUGCCUUUCAGCAAGUGGAGAGCAUCCAAGCUUAGUGUCAUGCAAUCCAUCAGACUCACUCCAAAAAUGGAUUUUUAACCAAAAUGAUUAAGUGUUCCUUAAAAUUAAGGAGUUGAAAAAGGAGAUAUUCUUUCUCAUAAAACUGUGACUAGGCAUACACUGUAGUUUUUGAAAAUUAUGCAAAAGCAGCUAAUUGUAACUUAUUCCAAGUGCAUUUUUUUCUUAUUUAUAUCUUAAAAUGUCUAUGUAGCACUGCUACAGAAAUCCCUUAAGUUUCCAUUUCAAAGCACAAUAACUAGUAAUACCAAAGACUAUUUUGAAAUGUCCAGAUGUAGAGGAAGAGAAGUUUACAGCGUGAUGAAAAUAAUUUUUCCAGUAAAGUGAUGUUUGUGUGCUUUGUACACUUGAGAAUAUGCAUAGUUACAUUCACACACUCACAAUUUAAAAUAUUUCUUCUAGUUUUUUGGGGGGGAGGGAGAAAAAUUUGAUACUGUAUUUUUUUAACAUAGAAAUGGAUCAAUGAAGGUCAAAAGUUGGCCUUUGUGUAAAACCAGGAAAUUUUUUAUAGAUCUAGAAUUUAUUAUAUAAAAAUGCAGGUAAACAUUUUUUUUUUUGCAUUUUGUUAACUUAUCUGUCAAAUGUUUCCUUAAACAUGAAAUUAAAUAAAUAAGGAGAAGACUAUUUUUAACACUUCAGUUUCUUGGCAAACUUAAAAAUAUUUUUUAGUCUGAAGUCUACUUGACUUGAAACACUGAAGUCUUCCUUAAAAGACUUUUUAAAAAGUAACUAUACUGUGUGUUUUCCCAAAGAAAUUAAAAAAAAAAAAAAAACAAAACAAAGAAAAAACAACCUCUAAGUUGCUCUAUGUUAAAAAGGUGUCUUUUUCCUUUCUGUUAGUCUUUUUUUCCUACCAAAAUUCACUAAUCUUGAAUGUUUAUGAAAUUGAGUUUCAGAUGCAGAAUACUUGACUCAUUUAAAGUUAAAUUUUGUUUGUUACCGAUUCAAUUGUAGAUUGUCUUUGCAAUGAAAAUUUUCACCAAAAACCUUAUUUCUAUCUAUGGAAAAUACAAUAAAACCAAUUUUAUCAAUAUUA